GGCGCCCGCUUGAACACCUCGAAGAUCCGCGUCGAUCAUGGCGCUGGAGCCAUCAUGGACGCUCGUGGACUCGGCGGGCGUCGUCCACGUGGUCGCGGGCAGGUCCGCGCUGUCGCAGAUGUUCGGCAAGAACACCAAACCGACCUACAACAACAUGCUCGAGCUGGUCGGCGAGGGUUCGCGAGGCGUCGUUGGCUACCUUUGCAAGGACGGCUGGCGGAUGCUGCGCGAGCUACCGUGGCUGCAGCACAAGGAGAGCAAGCGGAUCGUGCCCGUCGUCGGCUCGGCCGCCCAGUUCCUUCAACGUGCAGCAGCCGAUGCCGACAUGGCGGGCUUCAUCUUGAACGGCAAGGCUAGCCAACCCUUCACUCGACUGAUCGCACGGCCCGGCGCCAGCGGCAUGCGAUGGACCGGCGCCGGCUGACCGACUGCACUUCGCGCCGCCGGCGGCUCUCCUGCUCGAGCACGGCGCCAACGUCAACUCGGUGCAGCACUCGACUCUGGGGCCUCUCGUGCCUCUCGUGCCCUUCCAGGUGCGUGCCCGGCGGUCGUUCCCCGGAUUGCUCGGCGGGCCCCCAGCGCCCUUUGGCCCCCCCGGCCCCGGGGCGGCCAGAAACUGUGCCGCUCAGCCAUCCGCCGAAGCGAGCGCGCCGCCCUGCCGCGCCUCAGGUUGAUCCCCUCCUCGAUGCCGCCGUCGAUUGCGUCGAUGUGCUCGAGCUCGCAUCCUUUGUGCAGGCCCCCCCCAGGCGCCCCUACGGCGGCGCGCAGCGCCGCUGCACCCCAAACAAAAACGCGCGCGCAGCGCGCGCCAGCGGCGCGCAGCGCCGCCGCAGGCGGCGGACAGCAGGUGCGCAAAUUUAAACGCCAUUUUCGGUUUCGCACUUUUGCCAAAAUCUUCAAAAUCCGGUACAAAUCG